ACUGUCCGCCAUCCCUCGCAGAAAAUGCGAAGGCCCCUAAUGUCUUCGUCACUUUUAAAAACUUCUAUUUUACAGGCAUAAUGUACCCUUAUACAAGUCUGCUGUCGAUCGGCCGCGUUAUCACUGAUCGUUUGAGGAACUAAACCACUUAUCAACAUUGACAACCAUCUUGGCCGCCUAUCACUGACGUCAAUCGCUGCCCGGCAAUCCGGGAUCGUAGCGCCUGCAUCUUUCUAGUCUCUCUUGGUUGUCUCUUUUGGACGUUCCAAAAUGCAUUUAUUUUCCGUAACAUUUUCAUCGUUCCAUUGCAAAUAAUAUCGUCAUGAUAUAGAAAAACAUGAUACUCGAGGAAGAACUCCCUUAAUGUUAGCAGUAACUUUAGGUUAUACUGACUGUGCUGUGGUUUUAUUACAUCAUGAAGCUAAUGUCAACACAGAGAAUACUCAAGGAUGGAGCGUGGUUCAAGAAGCAGUUGGAACUGGUAAUCCAGAAUUAUUACAAAUGGUACUUGCGCGUAGGGAUUACCAAAGAUAUUGUAAUCGUGUUGCAGGUAUUCCUGAAUUACUUCACAAACUUAAACAGGCACCCGAUUUUUAUGUAGAAAUGAAAUGGGAGUUCACUAGUUGGGUUCCUCUUGCAUCUCGAAUGUGUCCAAGUGAUACAUACAAAGUUUACAAACAGGGUAGUAAUGUAAGAAUCGAUACUACUCUAUUGGGUUUUGAUCAUACAAAUUGGCAACGCGGAAAUCGCAGUUACGUCUUCAAAGGGCAAACUGCAACAAAUGCACCUUUGGUACUUAGGUGUGAUCGCAGUUAUGUAUUCACCAUGAUGGGACAACAAUCAGAUGAUGGUGCAACAAUGAUGGAGGUAGAUCAUGAAACAAGGAAGGUUUACGUGGAACAUAUGAAACUUAUUAGUGAUGACAACAUACAAUUAAUGGAACCUUCUGAAGAAGGCAUUUUAGCACGUCUUACAAAUCCCAUAGUCACUACUUAUAUAGAUACCGAUAAAAUUAGUUUUGAACGCAAUAAAGCUGGUAUAUGGGGCUGGCGUUCAGAUAAAAGUGAAAUAAUAAAUGGACAUGAAUGUAAAGUCUUCAGUGCAAGUAACGUAGAAUUAAUAACAAAGACACGAUUGGAACACCUAUCAGAGGCUGAUAAAGCAAGAGCAAGAGCGCCGCGUACACCUCUUCAAUCCUUUCUUGGUAUCGCAGAGCAACAACAUGAAAACUGUAAUGCUACUACCAGUCAAGAAGAAUACAGCAAUGUUGGUAAUCCUUCUAAUAUAACAGCUGAAGAAUAUUUUGAUCCAGAUGUUGAUUUAAAUGGACGGGAUAUUGGAAGACCAAAAGAAGUUAAUACAAAAAUACAGAAAUUCAAGGCAACUCUUUGGCUUAGUGAGGAAUAUCCAUUGAGUUUGCAAGAACAGAUUAUGCCUAUUGUAGACUUAAUGGCAAUAUCUAGUUCACAUUUUGCAAAAUUGAAAGAUUAUAUACAAAUGCAACUACCGUCUGGAUUUCCUGUUAAAAUUGAAAUUCCUUUAUUUCAUAUACUUAAUGCAAGAAUAACAUUCGGAAAUAUAUUUGGUUUGGAUCAAGAAGUACCACACGUAGGACAUUUACAAGAAACAAAUCGUAUGACAUGUUUGGUCGAUGAUAUUUGUUUUGAACCUCCUACGGGUUAUAUAAAACUUGGUGCUGAAGUUCGAACGCAAUUUAGUAUCGAAGAAGAAGAUGAUUUAUUACAAUUUGCUAUCCAACAGAGUCUAUUAGAGGCAGGAAGUGAACGAGACGAGGUUGAUAUAUGGGAGGCAUUGAGAGCGCAAAAACCAUCUAGACCAACGACACCUAAUAUAUCAACAGAGGAAGAAAGACAACUUCAAAGAGCUAUUCAAGCUAGUUUGGUUCUAUAUCAAGAAACUACUGCUAGCUGUGCAGAAGGACGUAAUAAUAUAGAUGAAGCAAGAGCUAAGGAAGAAGAUGAUAGUGAUUCAUUAGAAAGUACUGCAGAACAAUUACGUCUAGCAUUAAAACUUUCAGAACAACAGCAAAUAGAGGAAGAACAACGACGAUUGUUAGAAGAAGAAACAUUUCGACAAGUGUUAGAAUUAUCCCUCACGGACAAAUGAACUUUUACAAUCAAUAUGAUGGUGAUUUAUAGAAAUUAAUUACCUGAUACUUCCAAAAUGAAAAUUCUUUCUAUCACACGGGCACAAGGCUGUUGAAUAGAAAGAAAUAUUUCCUAUGAUCCAUAGAUAAAUUCCUUUAAAAAAUAAUAAUGUUACUUACAAUGAACGUUUGUUAUUAAAAUAUACAAUAAUGAAGGUCAACCAGUGGAAACAAUGUACUAUUAAGUAAAUGAAUAAUUUAAAUUAUGUUAUUUAUUCCUUAGCUACAUUUUAUAUGAAAUGAAAGUGAAUAGUAUAACAAAUUUAGUAAGAAAAUUCCAAAACUAUGAGGUCUUGACAAUUACAAAUGCUCUUUCGAAAAAAAAAAAAAAAUAUAUAUAUAUAUAUAUAUAAACGCACGUUUCAUACUCGAUUAAAUUGCAGCUAGAAACAAUCAUACAGUGAAAGUAUAUAGUGUAAGUUGCAAUAACUGUCACUAUUUAAAAUAAAAGGCAUGUAAUUCUCAAGUCUUCAAAAUCACUUGUUUUCACCUUUCUCCUAGUAUAACUUCAAAUAUUCUAUUAUUAUUAUUAUUCUAAUUAGUUUAUCUUAACAAUUACGAUUAUAAUUAUUAAAUUACGGACACGGUGUUACCACAUGGGGUAAGAUAACACUUCAAUAAGUUAAUGCAGAAAAUGUGAAAAUAAAAUUUUGUUCAAUUUUAACAAUUGUAAAAAGAUCAUCUAUUUUAGUAGUAUAACAACAAUGGAGAUUUUACUUGAAUUUGUAUAAAAAAAAAAAAAAAAAAAAAAAAAAAGAAACAAAAAAAAAAGAAAAGAAAAGAAAUUAUCAAUAU